UACUUGAUGUUUUUAUAUGUUUGUACUUCUGAAUUGUUUGACUCAUCUAUCUGACUGUGUGGAUAUAAAGAGAUUUCUUUGUGUUGUCAAGUGCAUGUUAGCUCAGUGUUGCAGGAGAAACAUGGUGUUAGUAUAAACUGUACAUUUGAAGUACAAGGCAGUCAAUUUUAGACCAAAACAUAAUAGAUCAGGGUCAUAAUCAGGUUCAUAUAUUGACUUGAGUGUUCUGGUCCACAUUUUAAAUUUGUAAAUGCAGUCUCUUUUCCUUGUUGUGACUCCAUUUUUGUCUCCAGAUCCUUUGCUUCUGCAUUUUUAACGUGUUGUUACAGCAUUAAAAUUGCCAGUAAGACAGUCUCAGCUGCUGCAUCCUCUUUUUCUUUUUUUUUCUUUUUUUAUUUUGCUGUGAGCUGCAUUGUUCCAAAGUGUGUAAUGUCAGCAAACCACAGACGAGGAAGCAAGUAAGAAGUAUGACCUGAAGACACUGGAGAGAGGUGUUGUCAUGGAAACAGUGAAGAGCGUCUCUGCUUCUAGCUGUGAUAGGAACUAUUUGUUAGGAGUCCAUUGUGCAGUGUUGUUGUGGUCGACCUGCUGAAGUCCACAGCGCUCCCUCUGAUGAAGAAGUUCGGCAUCGAUGGAGCGAGCUUUGAUCUCAAGGUGGUGAAGAGAGGAAUGGCACCCGGUGGGGGAGGGGAGGUAGUUUUCACAUGUCCCGUCUGCAGGACCAUCAGGCCAGUGCAGCUGACUGACCCGGGAAAGAUUAAGAGGAUCAGAGGAAUGGCAUAUUCAGUGCGAGUUUCCCCACAGAUGGCCAACAGGAUCGUGGAGUCAGCCAGGAGCAUCCUCAACCAGUUCAUUCCAGACAUCUACAUCUACACCGACCACAUGAAAGGCGCCAACUCUGGCAAGUCUCCGGGUUUUGGUCUUACACUGGUGGCAGAGACGCUGAAUGGCUGCUUCCUCAGUGCUGAGAUGUCAUCGACGCCGCAGGGGCAGGGAGACCCUAUUUUGCCAGAAGACCUCGGCAAGAACUGUGCCAAGCUGCUUUUGGAGGAGGUGCAUCGGGGUGGCUUCGUGGAUUCAACCAAUCAGAGCCUGGCGCUGCUCUUGAUGACCCUUGGCCAACAGGACGUGUCAAAGGUUUUACUUGGACCCCUCUCCCCAUACACGAUCGAGUUCCUCAGACACAUUAGAGAUUUCUUCCAGAUCAUGUUCAAGAUUGAGGUUCAGAAGCCUUUAGAAGACGAACGGAAAGGUGGAGACAAAGUCUUGAUGACCUGUGUAGGAGUCGGUUACAGCAACAUCAACAAAACCCUUAAAUAAAAUAAGUAUUUUUAUAUAAA